CUAGCAGCAACUUCACGCAGUCGACCUUGUACAUGGUGCACGAUACGUACAAGAAACCUCACGCCUACGUCACGUUCGUGAUCUGCAUCUACGGCGUGAUCACCAACGUGCUCAACAUCGUGGUCCUGACCAAGCCCAACAUGCGCAACAGCAUCAACUGCAUCCUGACCGGCAUCGCUGUGGCCGACACCAUCACCAUGCUGUCCCUCAUACCGUUCGCCUACUACUACUACCUUAUGGACAACGACUUUAAGUUAAGCAGUCUAGCCUGGACAACCUACCUGGCCGUCCACAUGAACUUGACCUUGACCUCACACACCUCCUCCAUCUGGCUAGGGGUCAUCAUGGCCGCCAUGCGCUACUUCUUCAUCCGCCCGACCGCCCGGGGCGCCCAGACCCUCGACUGUCGCUCGACCAUCGUCGUCAUCGUGGUGACGUACCUGGGCGCGGCCCUGCUCAUCAUCCCCAACUGCCUGGUCUCGCAGAUCGAACCCUGUUUCAACAACCAAACAGGGGUCCUCAACUGGCACCUCAAGCAGCCCUCCUUCGGGCAGAAAGACAGCGACACCCUUCAGACCAUCUUCUUCUUUAUGUACCCAGUGGCCGGGAAAAUAAUCCCCUGUACCCUCAUCUCGAUAUUUGGCGGGCUUUUACUUCACACGCUGAAGGAAACCGACAAGCGCGCGCGCAGGCUCAAGGGAGAGAAAUCCGCCACCAACGGCAAUAAUCAAACGAGACGCACAACAAUCAUGUUAUUGGCGAUUAUUGCCCUUUACAUCAUCGCCGAGCUGCCUCAGUCUAUUUUAAUCCUGCUCUGUAUUUUCGUCGAAGGUUUUUUCAGAGACGUAUACGCUCUGUUAGCGGACUUCAUAGACCUGCUGUCGAUGAUCAACUGCGCCACCAACUUCAUCACCUACAUCGCCAUGAGCACCCAGUUCCGGAAGACGCUGGGGGAGACGUGUUGCGCAUGCGUGCCCCGGACUUCCUGCAUGCCGUGUAAGGAUAAGAACGCCAUCCAAAACACGAAGUACUCCAAAACCCCACCCGAACCUGUGUGAAAAUAUAAACACCGGGAGCGAAACAAAACAACAGUUUCGUGUUUUUUAAUCUCUAAACCUUCUUCAAAAUGUACACACGAAGUUAUUCUCUUAACGGUGUUCAAAAUAUAAACAGUGUGAGAACAGUUCACUUUAAAACUUGAGAUAUUUACAUUUACAUGAAACAAACUUACUCUCUACUCACGUUUUUAUAGAGACUCACACGGACCGAUUCGUUGUUCAGAAAGCCAAAGAUAUGUGGGACUUAGAAUCUUGUGACCCAGGAUGGGACGAUUUUGUUUAGUUGGAUGAUUGUUGUAGUUGAUUACAUGUUCACGUUAUUGUUGUAUCAUACAUUAAUGUAUAAAUUAUUGAUGUUUCAUUUAUACGAAGGGAAGAAAUAAA